UUUUUUAAUUUUUCAGCUUGAACAUUACAUGAACGGUCAGACUGAUGAAAUCAGCAGAAAGGAAAUAUUGUCCAUGAGAGAAGAGGAACUUUAUUUGGUCCAUGAAGAGGUGAAUAAGCUGAUUGAUGAACUGAAAACGGCUAUCAAAGAGCACCAGGGUCAGCUGGAUAAACUUGCCCCACAAUUAAAGGCUGAACAAGAGCAGUGCGCCUACCAGCACAUCAGACUCCUCCCGAGCAAUGCUGAUCUUCUACCAGGUCUACAUAUAAAGGUUUUUGAAAACGGCAAAGAUUAUGGUGAAACCUGUAUAUAUAUUAGCCGAAAAGAUUUGCAGCAGCCAAUAAAGGAGCUACUUCAGACUAUUGAACAAAUGCUACAGCGAUCUGCAGACUUCACUGCUACAGGCCUGAGGCCUUCGCGACUCUUUGAUGAAAAGGGACAAGAAAUUAAUCAUUUUCAAUCUUUGCAGAAUGAGCAAAAAGUUUGGAUUUCUUGCGGGGAAGAUUACAGGGACCCUGUUGAUAAAAUUCUUAACCUAAGCUUUGACAAAGUGAUGUGUACAGAAAAGGAGGGAAACAAAAUAAUUUAUGAAACCUUUGUAGAUCCUGAUGCUUCCUUCCCAGGAUAUAGCAGUUGGCAUCUUUGUCCAAGAUUCCCAAACAUCGUAACCCCCUCGUAUUUACAGUCCUUGCAUACAUCGAACGUUGUGAAUGAAGACAGUCUUUUUCUACAGUCUAAGGUGGACCAACAAAUGAUUUUACAUCCAUCAGUAAUGCUUGAGAAAAGAAGUAGAGCGCCGGGUCAGUCAGGGAAGAAAGGACAACUUGACCAACCUGUUUCGGGACUGUUUUCUUGUAAUGUCUGGCUCAUCACAAGGGCUGGCAUGAUCCUGAGUAAAGCAAUGCCACAGAUCUGUCUGGCUGUGGGGGAGCCUAUUAUUCUGAGAAAUGCGGAGGGUACCAUUAUGGAAGGGUAUGGACUUGCACUUCAAAAAAGGGGCCGGAAUGAAAGUGGACAGCUAUGGGGCUUUAGUAACAAGGGCGCAAUCUUCCCCAAGGUAUGUCAGUAAUUUCCAUCAAGCUUACCUGAAGAACAGAUCAUUAUGGCUGAAUGUACGUUGUAUCAUUGUUCUUGUGUUUUUGCCAUUUGCACAGGAAGGCGUUCUCAGUUCUUAUUGCAAAUUGAUACCUUUUGUUGU